AUACUUCACUACUCCCACAUAAAUAAACACAAAAAAAACACUCACCUUAACUUCUUCUACUGCAUAGAAAAAUCUUACAUAUGAUGGAUAGAGGAGAAUGCUUGAUGUCGAUGAAGCUUAGACCGAUGGUGACGAGGCCAUCUUCGGAUGGGACUUUAUUUUGGCCGUUUAGGGAAGAGAGAGCGUUUGCGUCAGCUGAGGAGUAUGGCGGCGGAGGUGGUUGCAUGUGGCCACCGAGGUCUUACUCAUGCAGCUUUUGCGGGAGAGAGUUCAAGUCGGCGCAAGCACUAGGCGGUCAUAUGAACGUUCAUCGAAGAGACCGAGCUCGACUCAAACAACAAUCAUUAUCACCUUCAUCAACUGACCAAGCCACACCUCCUGAAUGUGAUCGUCAACAACAAGUUCUUGAUGUGGGAUCAAAGGUUCUUGUUCAAGAAGAAACAAGAAAGCCUAACGGAACCAAGAGGGAGAUAAGUGAUGUUUGUAAUAACAACGUUUUAGAAAGUUCUAUGAAAAGAUAUGAACAUGACAAUGGUGAAGUCAAGACUGACUUAUCGGUCGGUCUACUGAGUACUGAGUUUGAUCCUCGGAAGAAGCAACUAAUCAACGGAUCAUCUUCGUCAUGGAAGAGGGCAAAGACGGAUGUGUCAAGAUUUCCAAUGAUGUUAGGGUUGGUCAUUGGAAUUUCCGAGAUCAACGGCCAUCAUGAGGAGUUGGAUCUUGAGCUAAGGCUAGGAGCUGAUCCGCCUAAGGUUAACUAGCUUAAGUAAUUAAAAAGUAAUAAUAGUUAAUGUGAUUGCCAAAAAGAAGAAGUUAAACUGUCUCUAAUCUCAAGAGUGAAAAGUGAGUAGGUUCUGUAGUGUUGGCUUUGAUAUAGUAAUAUAUUUAUCUUAUGGAUAAAGUCAACACGUAUAGUCUUUGCUCUAAUUCAUAAGACAAUUAAAAUAUUUUGAUUGUUUCUUUUUCUUACGAAUGAUGUAACUUUCUCACGAUUUGGUUUUCAAUAUUUAUGCCUAUUCGAAAGAUUUUUGAUUGGA